UUUUCUUUAACAUCGUUUUCAUUUUAUUACAUUUUUUCAUGGUUCAUUGACUCAAAAACAAACAGGAGGCAUUGGACUCAAACAGAACCUGGGUCGCUCUGGACCAUUUAAUAAAAGACGUAACAACGCGUCCAGAGUGUCCACGAGGACGGAGACGCUUCCAGAAACGACAGAUCCAGGACUCAGCAGAUUCAUGUUCAUCUGAGUCCACGUCUGAGGACGAAGACACCGAGCACGAGACAUGGACUUUGUUAUGAAGCAGGCGUUGGGCGGCGCCACCAAAGACAUGGGGAAGAUGCUGGGAGGGGAGGAGGAGAAGGACCCAGAUGCCGCCAAGAAGGAGGAGGAGCGUCAGGAGGCGCUGAGGCAGCAGGAGGAGGAGAGGAAGGCCAAGCACGCCCGCAUGGAGGCGGAGAGAGAGAAGGUCCGACAGACCAUCAGAGACAAGUACGGCCUGAAGAAGAAGGAGGAGAAGGAGGCGGAGGAGAAGGCGGCCAUGGAACAGGCCUGUGAAGGUUCGCUGACUCGUCCUAAGAAGGCGAUCCCGAGAGGCUGCGGAGACGACGACGAGGAGGACGAAGAGAGCAUCCUGGACACCGUCCUCAAGUUUCUGCCCGGACCUCUGCAGGACAUGUUCAAGAAGUAGAAGUACCGAAGCGCCACAAACGAGCCCUGAAGGGGGUCCAGUCUGGGAGGUCCAGGCUGCAGGGAGGAGGGAGGAGGGUCUUUAUGUCCAGGAUUUGGGAGGUGUUAGGGUCAUGGCUGCAGGUGGAGGUGGAGCUUCGGGGCAUUUAGAGGAGGUGGGACUGCUGGGGGGGCGGGGGGGUUCUUGCCAAACUGUUAGAGGCUUCUCACUGCCUUUAGAAAUGUUUACGUUGUUCUUUUCUACUCCUCGACGCCUGCGUCAUUCUUCCCUCUUUGGUUUUCUUUGGCCUUUCACCCAUGUUCGAUGCGUCUUUUACGUUGUCUCCUUUUGUUUAAUCUGAUCGGUCGACCGUUAUCCACCGGCGACUGACGAAGACCAGUAUUCCCUACAGAAGGGAGGUGGACAUUUCAGAGCUUGUCCUCUUAGUUGCGUUCAUCCAAUGGCACUGCCACCACGUUUUCCAGUAGAAGAAGCAUGUUUAGUUUCUUUCCGUGGGUGUUUUCUACUUUUAUGAACCUGACACUGGUCUUUCUAUCGAAAACAGAAACAACAUCUGAGUUUUUAGGACAUGUGCCUUCAUAUCACCUCCUCCGUCAGAGGAACCGUACAUGAGGGUUUCAUUUGGUCGAACACUGUUGGUUUGGAAUACUACGUUGGUUUCCAGAAGUUAAAGUUUACUCCAGACAUCUGUGGAACCCGGACACAUUCCGUAAAGUUAUUUCAAGUGUCAUAUACUCAACAGGCUACGAACUUCCAAAAAACAAUUUGCUGAAGAAACCGUUCUACUUCCACCUCAGAUUUGCAAAAGCUACACUUUGUUCUCCAUUGCUGCUGGAAAAGUAGGAGUUAAGGUGUUGAUAUUUUGGACGGAUGGGACUGUGGAGGCGUUCGCCGUCCUCGCAGUCAAACACACACGUGGUCUCAUUUUCACUUUCAUCGACUGUUUUGUCCAAAUUCGACCUGGUGCCGUCGUUCCUCAUAGACAAUCAAACGGUAGAAAGUCGGCUGUACUGAGGGAACGCCCACUUCUACAUCGUCCAAUCCCAGUAUUUACCUGCAGAGUUAUGAUGCAUUGUUGGUAAUUAUCGCUGGUGUACAAGAACAGACAGAACAGGUUCAGGAUCGACUGAGAUUCCCCAUGAAUGAAUUACUGCUUUUACGAAGUUAGGGCCUGAUUUACUAAGAUUGCAAAUAACAGGUGCAAAUUUGUUUGCUCGUGCUAAAAAAUGCACGUGCUAUUGAUCUGUGAACCCAGGUGAUCAGCUCAGAUUAUCUGUACAAAUGACAACAGGUUAAAGUCUUGGAGACCACCCUAUUUAAAUGAGUUAGCGUGUGCUACUGGUUGUCGUCAUGGAGACAGCCGGCUGUAUAAACGGCUCUGGGAUACACCAGCACUAAUGGAACAGUGACUGGAAUGAUCCAGACGGAAAUGUACCGAUGGAGGAGUUUAGUCACAGAAGGUACUGAUGACUCCUCCUGUGACUGGACCCAGAUCAGCCCCUAGAACACAG